AAAAAACGGAAUACACCCAUGACGCAAAUCAAACCAACGAGUCGGUGAAUCGUUACCCGGUCCCGCCAACUCGGUCUCCGAACUCAGUCGCUACUCGCCGGUUCUCACUCUCUCCACUAGUCUCACCUCCGACUCGAAAUCUCCACCUAAACAAUUCCACAAAUCCUCCAAAGCUCUCAAAAUUUGAAAUCUACAGCCAAAAUAUCACUGUAAUUUCAGACAUUAUCUUAUCGGAGACGCCAGAUCCGCAUGGCAGCGACGGCUUCGGCGCCGCCGUGGAUCCCGGAAGACGACCUCCUCCUCAAGAACGCCAUCGAGGCAGGUGCUUCUCUGGAAGCGCUUGCCAGAGGAGCGGUCAGAUUCUCCCACAAAUUCACGGUGGGAGAUUUGCGGGAGCGGUGGCACGCGCUGCUCUACGACGCCGACGUGUCGUCGGAGGCGUCUGCUCGGAUGUUGGAAUUCGAGGCGUGUAAUUCGAACGUCGUGCCGUCCAAGGCUAAUAGGUUCAGUCAGUCUAGGGGUUCGAAACGGAGAGGGGAGAGCAUAAGGAAGCAGUAUCAUGCUCUGAGGAAGAGGCUGUGUGCUGAUACUAAUCUGUGCGCUCUUAGUGAUUUCGAUAUUAAUUUUCUUGGUGGGCAAGCUAUUGGGAACCAGGGGAGUUUGGAUGGGAAUUGUAUGGUUGGAGGUCAUGUUGGGGAGCCGGUUUUCAAUGGCGACGGUGGGAGUGUUUUUCAUGGCAGACAGUGUGUCUCGCUUGAGGAUCAUGGGGUAGGCGGAGUUGGGAGGGAAGGUUGUGGUAAUGAGUUUUCAGAACAGGUUCUUUUAGUGGGAUUGGGAGAGAAUGCUUAUUGCCGGGAUAAUAAUGCCGGUGAGGAUUUAUCUACGCGCGGGGUUAAUUCAAUGGAUUUCGGGAAUUCGUUGGAUGCGGAAGAUAUAGGGGCACAUUUAUGGGACGUAGCAGCGCCAGAAAUGCCAGCGGAAGAGACAUUGGUAGUUGUUAAUGAUGUGGAUGUCGAUGGGGAGAAUAUGGAUUCAUCUCAAUAUGAAGUUGGCCAUACUGAGGCAAUGUUGGUUGAUGGUGAAGGGUGUGAUGAACUGAAUAGGCGUGUAGCUAUAUCGGGAGGUGAUUAUGGAGAUAUGGCAGAUUCUCUUUUCAAUGAUGAGGUCAAUUCAAUUCUGUUGAGUUCUCCCAAAGAUGUUCAUGAAGAUGAUGUUCCUGAGUUCUGUCAACCUCCACAGUUGGUUUCAGUUUCAUGUGAGGCUGUUUCAGAUGUUGUGCAUACUGCUGAGAUGGUUCUUUCUGUCGAACCAUCUCAGACUGGUCAUGAUGAUCGGCUAGAUAUUUCAUGUUCAGACGCCAAUAAGCCAUCAUCAUCCACAUCAGUACCAUUGAAUCCUACCGAGAUGGCCGUUGCUCCCAUGGUGCCUGUUGCUCCUGAGAUGGCCGUUGCAGAAGAGGUUCAAGAAGAAGAGAUGAUUUGUACAUUGAAUACUGAGGAUCCUGACAUCCCUUCCAAUGAUGAUAUCAUGUUUCCUACUGCGAUUGUUCAUACUUCCCUGCAACCGAGCUCUAAAGAAGUUAGUAAUUUGGCUACUGACCAAAGAAAAAGUGAUCAACAAAUAAAAACCUUGGAGAAAAAAGAAGAUCCUGCACAACCUUUUAGAAAAGAAAGUCCAAACCCUGCACGUGAUAAAAAUGACCCUGCUGCCGCAAGCCAAUGCAGAUUAGCAGAUGCAACUCUCAACUGUAUCACAAAGGGAUUGCUAAAUGAAGAGGAAAUUAAUGUUCCAGGUAUAGUUGCAGAACUUGCAUCUUUAACUGCAGAGCUAGGUUCUACUAGUAUGGCUUUCCCAGAACCACAAACCAACCCCUCAGCACUAGAUUGUGAAGAAUCUGAGGAAGAAUCUAAUGACGAUGUUGUUGAUGAUGACGAGGACGCUGACAUUCCUUAUUUCUCUGAUAUCGAAACGAUGAUACUUGAGAUGGAUUUAUGUCCAGCUGAUGAGGAGUCAGAUAUCAGUAGACAAGUCUCAAAGUAUCAACAUGAGGAUGCUAAAAGGAAAAUUAUAAGGUUGGAACAGUGUGCACAAUCCUCUAUGCAAAGAGCACUUGCAUCUAAAGGCACACUUGCUGUAUUGUAUGAUCACCAUGUAAAGCAUUAUAUCAAGAAAACUGAGGUGAUAAUUGGCAGAACAACAGAAGAUAAUCAAGUUGAUAUUGAUUUGGGAGAUAACAAAGUAUCUAGGCGGCAGGCUCUUAUAAAGAUGGAUGCAGAUGGUUCUUUCUCAUUGAAGAAUCUUGGCAAGAGUUCAAUUUUCUUGAAUGGCAGAGAAAUUGCUACCGGAGAGCUUUUAAGUUUUGCUUCGAGUAAUUUGAUUGAGAUUAGGGAGAUGGCAUUUGUUUUUGAGAUUAACCACAAAUCUGUGAGGCAGUAUCUGGCAAAAAUUGCCACAAAAAGUGAGAUACACACCAAUUGUGAAAGGGCACCUGAGGGGGUUUCAUAAGUGGAGAAAUGCCAGGUGCCUUUCCUAUUCUAAUUUUUUUGUUAUUGGAAUAUAAUUGGUGGUCUGUUAUACUUAGAGGAGCAUCCUCACUCUGCCCUAUUAGAGAAUGUAUAGGCCUUUUUAGUUUUACAUUAAUUUAUACACAGUGAUCCUCAACUGAAGAAGGAAAGGAUGUACUAGGAAAAAAAAAUAAAAAAGAAGAAAUAACAAGUUAAUGAUUUGUAGCAGUAAAUACCAGCUCUGUGUUAUAUCUAUUUAUCUUUUCUUUUGUAUAUAAAAUAUCUUAGUGCCUCUUUUUCUUGAUUCCAAAA